AUGCCACAUGUCGUGGCAUGUAUGCGGUGCAUUGUGGUUCGCAGGGCCACAAAACGAGAGCUGCUUUCUCUGUACCACAUGCCGUGGUGCGUGGAGAUAGGUGCUGUGGCGAGCAAUGCGAAUUUUGCAGUUAUCAGUUACAAAAAUGAGACAGAAAAAAAAGAGAAAAGAGAAGAGAAAACAAAGAGACGCACUAAGCUCUACGCGACAGAAAAGGAAAAAGAAAGGGAAGUGAAACACGCAGACAUAGCCAACCAAGAGAAGCGUCGGAAAAGGGAGAAUGAAGCCCAUAUGCGUGCGAAGGAGAAGAGCAGAGCAGAGCUUGCCAGACAUGCAAGCAAAAGAAAGAGAGAGCACACAGAUGUUACAGAAAGGAAAGAAAAGCAGAGCACAGAGGGAGAAGCCGAGGGCGAUAAAGAGAACUGA